AAGUGACGUAGCGGAAGAGAGCGCUGUCAUUGCUUAGAGCAAAUAUGGCGUCCGGGGCAUCCGAUAACAAGUGGAAAGUGGUGACAAAAGGGAAGAAAAAUGGGGACAAGAAAGGCGGAGAGAGGCGAGCUCUGGGGGAGAGCAACAUCAGCCGGGCUGGCAGCGGUGUUCCUAUUAAGACAACAAGCAGCGUCUAUGAAUUGGGCUUUGAGAAAAUAAUGAAAAAACAGAACAAAGAACAGGUCCCACCAACCAGUGCCCCGGAGCAGAAUCAGCUGCAAAAAAAGCAGCAGAACAGUGGGAAAAACUCAAAGAAAACCUCCAAUGGUGACGUCACUCACACUCAGGGGAAAUUCCACACCUUGGAGGAAGCUCUGAAGGAACUGAAACUGGCAGAUCUACAGAGCGAGCUUGAGAAGAGCCAGGCCUUAUUCAGUGAGACCCCCUCAGUCUGGAUCAGAGACCUGGCAGGAUACCUGAACUCCAAGUUGCAGACCCCCAAGAGUGAGCCUGUGCACACCCAGCAUCCUCACGAUUACCCAUACUGCCUAGUGAAUAAGGAGCUGAAGGGCUUCAUCCGCUCAAUGCUGCUCAAGGCCUCGAAUGUGCUGGAAGACUUUGUGGAUUUCUGUCUUAAAACAAUGCUGGAUGAACUGGACAAACCUGCAGGAGAGUCUCUGCAUGGCUACAAGAUCUGCAUACAGGCCGUAUUGCAUGAGAGGCCCAAAACUGUGACUGGCAACCUAAACACGUACUUUAAACUCCUUAACUCUCACAAGAAGAAACCAGUCAAAUGCAUCACCAUAAUGUGGGCCGUUGGGCAGGCUGGUAUCACUGACCUCACGGAGGGGCUGAAAGUGUGGCUGGGGAUCAUGCUUCCUGUCCUGGGAGUAAAGACUCUCUCUCCCUAUGCAAUCCUGUACCUGGAGCGCUUGUUACGGAUACACCCUAACUUGACCAAAGGUUUUGGUAUGAUUGGCCCCAAAGACUUUUUCCCGCUUCUGGAUUUUGCAUUUAUGCCAAAUAACUCUCUGUCUCAAAGUCAACAGGAGAAUCUGCGUGAAUUGUAUCCGCGGCUGAAAGUCUUGGCAUUUGGUGCCACCCCAGAGACCACGUUGCACAGUUACUUCCCUUCCUUUUUGUCCAGAGCCACCCCAAACUGUCCAGCCGAAAUGAGAAAGGAGCUUCUACAUAGUCUGACUGAGUGUCUGAACGUGGACCCGCUCAGCUUCGAAGUGUGGCGCCAGUUGUACACCAAACAUUUGUCACAGUCCAGUUUACUGCUACAGCACCUGCUGAAUUCCUGGGAGACGACCUCUAAAACGAUGAGAAAAUCACUGCGAGACACAUUUCAUUCCUUUAAAGUCACAAAUGAAGAAUUUUCAGCAAAAGGACCAAAUGCACCAAACUCAAAGGACAUUGAAGCUUGUGACAAUGCAUGCCAGGCCCUCCUGCAGAAGAUGAAGGGCGGAGGUAUUCCUUGGUUUCGACUCUUCCUUGUGGGUCUUGUUUUCAUAUCUGGGUUUGUGAUUCAUGAUAUCAGGACUCACGGAUCAUUUGAAGCAUCUUCAUCUGCUAAUAUGUUGCAGCAGUCGGGUAUCCUGCCUGUGUCUCAGCAAGCAUGGAGCAAACUCUCACAUUACUCGGUACAAGGGUACAGCUGGUUAGAGAAGAACGUUCCUGUUUAUUAUUCCCAAGCUGUUGAUUUCUUGGGACCAAAUUUAGACCUGUUAUGGACAAAGAGCAAACAAGGAGCAGCUUUUAUGUAUGAGAAAUGUUCCACCCAGAUUACUUACGCCAAGGACAACCUACCGUGGGUUAUUGAAUGGAUACAGUCACGGAUCCCAGACUCAUUAUAUCAAUUUCUUGAAUACCUGAAAGAGCUUCUGCUGCAUUUACAUCGUAACUUCCUGAUACCAGCAAUGCAGUAUUUAGAGGCAGCUUUGCAUCGAGCGUGGCAGCAGUAUGUGGACUCCUGCAACGGAGAUGUAUCGUGGGACUGCAUGAAAGGUCACAUGAGCAACAUCACUUACUCCACCUGGACCUACCUGCAAAACACAACAUUAGCUGUAAAAAACUGGACGCUUGCUGUCAUUUCUAGACAAUAAGGACCUUGGUCUACAUCUGAAAAGAUCCUUUAAAAUGAGGAACCAAUAACUACAAUGACUUUUAUUGCUUAGACACUAAGCAGAUGGAAUUGUGAAUACGGGAAGUGCAGUCAUGAUUGGCUGAUUAAUGUUCAAGUGAAAGUCAUGUGAAGAGACAUUUAAAUGGUCUGUAUGUAACUUGCACAAACUUUUUUAUGUUUUCUGUGUUUUUAUUCUUAAGCUCAAUCAGGAAGCCGCUGCUUUUGCCACUAUACAGUGCGUAAUAUAACACAUGAAAUGCACAUUUGUGUAUAUAGGGGUCUUAGUUAUAUUUGUACAGCAACUGUCCUUUAUUGCAGUGUUUGCUGAAGACAUGAGUUUUACUUGCAUAGCAAAAUAUGUUCUUAUGGGGUUGAUGCCUGACAUCAGAUCAAUAUAUGGACUUGUGGACAUUAUUUUAUCUUUAGCUGUAUAGGAUUAACCCCCUUGGUUGCCAUGGAAUUGCAGUCCUUUUUGGUAGCCAAAGAGUUAACCCCACAGUUUGCAUUUAUCCGGUUGCACGGUCUGAAUUUAACAGUGUUUAUCCAAAUAAAAAACUUCCAACUUUGUUUCAGUACAGAAAUAAAAGCUUCCUUUGCAUAAAACCCAAUCUAACUAUUCAGUAGCACCCUGCUGUAUUGCAAGGAAGCAACUCCUAAGUAUUUGUGUCAAUUAUUAUCUGUAUGAAAUAUUUGUGAUAUAUGGCUUAUUGAAUAUACUAGCUGACAUAUCCGGAUAUCUCAAGGUUUCCAGCAGAGAAGUCAAACCAAUUUAUCCAAGAAAUGUCAAAAAACGAAAUUUAUGACUCCGAUACCCCUGCCGUUGUCACUACCAUUGAAUUUGAAUUAAAAUCAGAUAAAAUUA